AUGGCAGACACAGCAGUUGUUGAGAAUCUUGCACUUUCCAGUGUCCCAAUGCACCACAUUGCAAUCUCAACUUCAGUUCCCUUGCCGGUCGAGUCUGAACCAAGGCCGUCAAGACAAGGCUCAACAUCAACACUUGCUGACUCGAUAUCACUCGCCACUCCACCAUGGAGCCUCAGUGGUGAUGUCUAUUUCUUUUCGUGGUGGACAUCUUUGUCUGCCGGGCGGAACCUCCCAGAUCAUGCGUACUCGCCCCUGGAAGCCGGAGCCGAGUUUGCCUCAUCCCCAACAAGUCGACCAGUCGGUGGCCUAGGCAUGAUCCAGAUAUUGCGCUACCAAGACUCACCCGUCGGUCCGUACGACGAGAUGUUAGUGGUCCCCGGAUCGUUCGACUGGUCUCGAGGCACUGCCGGAUACCCGGAGGUAGGACGCAAUCCUCGCAUCUCGCGUAUAUAUGUUUCUCAAAAGCAUGCCUGCUACAACGGCCGCUUAAAUUGGAACACUCCCAAACAUCUCGCACGUUUCGACUGGGACUUUGCGCCAAACGGCUCCGUCACCGUCAAAGUAUUCCCCUACGACACCGAGGGUGAUACUACAGAGUCGGCGCCAAGCUCAGUCCCCUUCUUCCAGGCGACCUACUCGCCGGUUCGCUUCGUGCCCUCCUUCCCAUUCGCAACCAGCUGGGUCAACUACCUCGGCCUCAAAACAAAGCUGGUGAUGCCGCCGCUGCCGCAAGGCCAGGGCAGUCAAGGCGAAUUACCUGGCACUCAGACAUGGUGCUCCCUCAUCCCCAACCAAUACAGUCGUCGUACCACGAUAGGGUGGUUUGAUAUCUCCCAGCGAGAUGAAGAGGGGAACGUCAACGGAAAGUAUGAAAACUUUUGGCCGGGCCUUGGCCGGUGGCAGUUGGGGAUGAAGAUGGAGAAUGCUGAUCUUCGGUUCGAUCUCCCUGUUGAGUUGUGGGAGGAGCCGAGGGCUCAUUUGUAA